CCUAUUAAUCCCGCCGAUACUUGGCGAUUCUUUGGAUUUCCGCCUCCAAAGCUUAUUCACAAAACAUCUACACUCGCCCUCCACCCGCCAGCUUCUGUCUUUAGCGCAACCUCCCGAUACGCGCGGCACAUUCUAUCUUCGCCUUCCAUCUUUCAAAUAUUCAUGCAGAGAUACGAACUCGUGACUAGCAGCCACCAUGAAGUACCUCCCAGUCCAAGAAUUCGAGACCGUAACCGGCGCUCUCAACUUCAACACCCCUGAUUGCAACGUCACAGGCGGAUGCGAUCUCUACACCACGAAAUCUACCGGGUCCGACAAGAAACUGUACAAGAGUAUCGACAAGGAUCUCAGUUCCCAGCAUGCCGCGCUGCUCAAGCUGGGCGCCAGCCUGUCACCGCCCGACCGACAACACAUGCUCGCUACGUCGCGCAGCAUGCAGUUAUUCUCGCACUCGAGCGCAUUUGGCCCUCUGUCUGAGCUUGCUAGUCGACGAACGUUUGCCUAUCUGAUUGCGACGCUCAAUGCAAGCCACCCUCACUACGACUUUUCCCACGUCUUGCGGCCCGGCGAUUUCAAGCGCGAGAGGAACCUGAGGCGUGUCAUUGCCAACCUGGAUUCAAUUUUGAAAAACGUACGGCCCGGGUUUGAAGGCUCAUCGUACGACUCAUCCGCCGGCAGCGACAUGAACGCACAAUGGGGCCCACAGUGCUGGUCCUUGAUUAACAAGGAGAUGCGUCUUAAUGAGUGCACCGUCUUUAGCUAUCACCCAGAAGUCGACCCCUUUGAAGAAGACGAAAGCGCCAUUUGGGCCGUCCACUACUUCUUUUUCAACAGAAUGCUCAAGAGGGUCGCUUACCUCUAUGUCAGAGUCGUUCCCGUCAUAUCCUCACAGAGCCCAACUUUGAGACCGGCCAAAGGUGGUCUUCACAAGCGACAUACCGCAACCGAGUCAGAGGGCACCAAGAAACGGGCCAAGUACUGGUUUGGUAACCAAGACGCCGAGAUGGUACCACCAUUUGAAGACGACGAAGAGCCGAUGGAUGACGGCCUCUACUGGAAUCGCGGAGAGGAUGGCGAUAUCGUCCAGUUCUCGGAUGAUGAUUUGGCUGAAGAUGAACCACUCGAUGAGGAUGAGGAUGAGGAUGAGGAUGAUGACGAUGAUUACGACAUGACAAGUACAAGGCGAGAAAGGCUUAUGAGCGAGGAUGUUGCAGGACGAAUGGAGAUUUAAGCUGAGGCUAUAUUCUCCAAACCACGCUUAUUUCUGCAACAAAGGGGGACAGCAACAGUCAUAGUAUUGUCUGCACCAAGAUGACGAAGCAUAUUGUAUCUUUUCAACAAGGAUAUGCUCUCUCAUUUCAAAUCUGCUUGGAUGGACUCUGAUCCACCUUGGCUGAUCCAUUUUACCAUGAACUCAUUACCUGCACUCGACUUGAUAUGGACAGAGAUGGAACUCCAGCUCCCUCCAUUCUCGAAGCUCCCCUCUCUCCUAUCCUGCUUUACCGCUUUUUAUUUGGAGUCGAUUUCCAACGAUUUCCUACUCAACUACUCUACCCUAUCGUUGCCAUGAUUACGAAAUGUCAUUUUUUUUUAGCGUGGCGCAAGGUCCUGGUUUCUGGUCGGUGAGAGCGACUGGGAACAACGUCGCCCGGAGUUUUCUCUCUGAUUUUUAGUUGGUUCAAUUUCCUAUCGUCGCAUUUCUUUUGAUCAAGUUGAACUAUCUAUCUGCCGUUGUAUAUUUUCCUCGUUUCUUUUCGUUUUGCUGUGUUAUUUGAAAUAUUUGGUGGCUCUUUUUACCUAUUUUCGAAAAACUUGGCAAGGCUGGUUUUGUUAUUCUAUUCUUAUUGCCUAUUUUAUCUCUUCUUUAUUUCUUCUCUUAUCUUUUUUUCUUUUCGCUUUUAAUCCUAGGGAAUGAGGUGGGCUACCUAUAAAACAUGUAUAUAUAUACACACACAUAUAUAUAUAUACAUAUCACGCAGUAAUGUUAUGAAUUUUUGGCUCCGUCUCGCUGGGAACGAGACUUUUGCUGGCUAGUUUUUUUUUGAUAGUUUACGCAGAUUAGCAGUAUAUCAAUUGUACCAUUUCUACUUUGAAAGCACAAACACUUACUACCUCGAUCACUUGUCUGGUAAUAGCAAAGCGGUGAAUAGACAUAAGCCCUUAGAUAGAAGCAUACAUGUAAAGUUACUAGGUACAAAGCGCAAUAUAAUCUACCUGGCAUACAAAACAGGUCCAAGAAUCUUUAUACUGUCCGAGACACAAACAUAAAUAUGAUCCACGCGCAGAGAAAAUAGCAGUGAUGCAGCACGAGGUAUCCAUUGAUCUAAAUAACACAAAGCUAACGAAGAGAAUUUGACAAAAAAAGUAAACGUGUGUGAAGCUAAAGAAACAAACAAACAAACAAGUAAUUGAAUUCCCCUUGUCCCUUUUCCCUUGUCCCCUAUCCUAGCAAAUGGCCAAAUCAGUAUCAGCCGCCUAUAUCGGCGACGGGUAUUUUUCAAGACCACUUCACGCGCACAAUCUCUUUUAGUGUUUAAUAAUUAGUCUCGGGUAUCAAGUUAUUUUCAGGUAUAAUAGCGCGCAUGAAUGAAUGUAAAAGAGCAGGCUAACAUUGGGUGCCCCCCUUGGCCCAAUCUCUGUUUCAUUGGACCGUUUAUUUAUACUCUGUUUAGUGUAUAGAUAUGUAUCGUCGAGUAGAAAGGUAUUAUUAAAUGCAAGAAUUCCAGAACCGAGUAAUGCCAUCGAGGAGCGCAAUGAAUAAAAUAUGCUGAUAGAUUGGCGUGUAGAGAACUCGGAGCUUAGACAACGGACGCCUUCCUUCGUCGUCCAAAGAAUUUCGCAAACGCGCUGGGCUCUUCUUGCUGG